GACCAUCAGACCAUCGAUAGUUAGAGACAGAGCAACACAGUGAACAGCGAUUAGCAGCAAUUUUACAAGAAUUACAACAAAAGGAAGCAGGUGUAUGUGAGAUUGGCCCUGCGAAAAGGAGAACGCCAGGCACAGCUUGCCCAUCAGAAGGAUCAGAAUAUGUUUGAUGACCCAGCCAUCACCACAGCUUCCUCUGAGGACACCAGCCAAGCCGUCUUUGCCAUUAAGACAGCUCCUUCUGAGGACUCCGUCUCAGUUUUUGAGACAGCUCCCCCUGAGGACAUCGUCCCAGACUUUAAAACAGCUCCAGCUAUAGAAAGAGCUCCAGCUGAAGCUCCAGCUGCUGCACUGUCAGACACUGUUAAAGCCAAAGCUGCAGAUGAGGAGUCGUCUACAUCUGUGGCUAAUGUGGAUGAUGUGCAGCUGGACGACAGCACAAAAGAUGCACCCACAUCUACACCAAGUGGGAAACGCUUGACCAUCUAUAUGCUGGAGUCUGCAGCACUAGACGAUCAGAUACAGAUGGCCUAUGACUACAUGCUUCCUCUGGUCGAGAAAAUCCACCCCUCUCUGGCCAGUAAGAUCACAUGGAUGCUAAUAGAGGGAGAGAACAACUUUGAAAUCAUGAAUAUGAUUAGUGUUCCUGAGCUCCUGCGUGCCAGGGUACAUGAAAUGGACUCCCUACUGAAGGCACGAGAAUCUGGUCACAAGCCGGAAACCCUGAAGAUGAUGUACAGACACAAGACCAGCAGAAACAGGAAGAAGAAAAAUAAUAAGAAUAAGUGAACUAUCUAAUAAACAAUGAUUGUAAAUAUUCUACCAUUUGAAUAAAAAAUAAAUCAUUUUAUUAAA